AGUGCCUAGCACGUACCCAGGCCUCCGCGAACGUCUCCCUUAUAAGAGUGUCCCGCGCGCCUCGCCGUCGGUUUCCAAGGAAACCCCGGAGCCGCCUAGUAAGACGGCGCGCGCCGUGUGGGUGUCCCGCGCGCCCUCUCCCCGCCAUGGCCGCCGCGAGUCCCAGCGUCUUCCUGCUCAUGGUCACCGGGCAGGUCGAGAGCGCCCAGUUUCCUGAGUACGAUGAUCUCUACUGCAAGUACUGCUUUGUGUAUGGCCAGGACUGGGCUCCCACGGCGGGUUUGGAGGAAGGCAUCUCCCAGAUCACCUCCAAGAGCCAAGAUGUGCAGCAGGCCCUGGUGUGGAACUUCCCCAUCGACAUCACUUUCAAGAGCACCAACCCUUAUGGCUGGCCCCAGAUCGUGCUCAGCGUGUAUGGACCAGACAUGUUCGGGAACGACGUGGUCCGAGGCUACGGGGCGGUGCACGUGCCUUUCUCGCCCGGGCGGCACAAAAGGACCAUCCCCAUGUUUGUCCCAGAAUCUACAUCUAAACUGCAGAAGUUCACCAGCUGGUUCAUGGGACGGCGGCCUGAGUACACAGACCCCAAGGUGGUGGCCCAGGGUGAAGGCCGGGAAGUGACCCGCGUCCGCUCCCAGGGCUUCGUCACCCUCCUCUUCAAUGUAGUGACAAAGGAUAUGAGGAAGCUGGGCUAUGACUGCGGGGUGCUGGACACGCACGGUGUCUUGGGGGCCAGCCCCCCUGAGGACCUUCCCCGGUGAAGCCUGCACAUGCGCAGCCUCUGCCAGGCGGGAGUUGGGAGGAGCGCGGGCGGGACACCCACUUUAUCCAAUAAAGUGUCACCUUUUCACAAAGUCCAGCCCCUCGGUCUCCCUGGGCUAUGUCCCGCAGCUCCCUUGGCAUCCCCCAGGGGAAGGGGAAGGUGCCCACAGCACAAGGCCUUGGCGCUCAGUCCUAGCUCUGGAUUUCCAGCCCUAAAACCCAGAACUGGGCUCAGUAGCCACAAGAGAGAGUUGGGGGUUCUGAAGGCUGGCGCAUGGUGCCUGGCAGUUGUGCAGCAGAAGCCGGCUCACCCCCGCAUUUGGCUCCUGGAGGCGCUGAGCUGCUUCCUGGAACUUGAUGCAGGAGCCGAGCCCCCUCCACCAGGCCUCCCGUCUCCCUACAGAGCCCAGCAGGGACAGUGCAGGUGGGAGGUCUCAGCGCAGCCCACCAGCAGUGGAGCAAACUGAACAGGAGCCAGGAAGCAGGUCCACCCUAAGGCCACACAGCCUGUACCCACUGGGCCCGGCCCCGCUCCCAAGCACUCUGCCCCAACUCCCCGGUCAUGCUGGCAUCUCAGAACGCCCCCGUGACCGAGCAGGAGCCCCUCACCUUAGGCCAACCUGCAGCCACACAGCCAAUGUCUUCUCCCACACCCCAUGCGGAUGUGCAUGCCCUUCCCCCAGACUCCCCAGGUCAUCUUCCUGUGCAGCCUUUCUUGGCAGCAUCACCGCCCAAUUCCUCCAAACAGCCUUUUUCUCAGCCUCCCCACUGCAAUGGACAACAGCCGCCAUUCCCAUGGCCAGAGACAGUCCCAGUGACAACCUCCGGGCCCUCGAGUCACAGACCAGCCUGCCUGUGCCCGUGUCGGUCCCUCCUGUCCUGGCGCUAGUCUGACCCCGCUAAGUUUGCCGUCCUGGACACACACUUGCUCUUCACACACCCUCACCUGUCACCCCGUGCUUAUUCUCACCUGUCCGCACUCCCGAGCUCACUGACCUGGGCCUGCUUCUGCUCGCACCGAGCACAGCUGGUCAAAGCCACCAGCCCACGAACACUUGAUUUCUGUUGGUUCACUCUUGGCAUUCUUGGGAAACGCUUUCACAGAGUUUCCCCGAAGGCCUCCAGUGCCCUGUCCCUCUGCCGAACCACGAUCAUGCCCUGCCAGGGGCCCCACCGGAGCAACCCCUUGUGUGGAGAUACUGGCUCUCAGGCUUCCCACAUGGGCAGCCCACAGCCGGCCUUCCUUUCUCAGGGUGUGUCCUAUCGCACCACCCCCAAAACCCCGGCCCCGAACACCUGCCUCUUGCUCGAAGGCUGCCCUGGAGAGCCCAAGCCGUCAGCCCCUCCCUCCCUCCCUCCACUCACAUCCGGCCUCCUGGCCCAGCCCUGAACACCAGAACCUCCGAGCAGCUCUGCUUGUUGUGUUUGCUUUCCUAUUUCCUUUUCUUCGGUGGAGUAACUUGUCUAAUUUAGGGAAUAAGAGGGGAAUCCCAGAGUGAAGGGCUGGGUGCAGGCAGCUCUAGGAGAGAGCACCCAUUUUACUCAUUGAAACAAUCACAUGGAAGUUGAAACGGUUUUAUGGCUAACAACUUUACACUGCGGUAGCUGCAGGGACCCCCGCCCCUGCCCUGCCUGUGUGCUGUGCGCAGUGGCCUCGCGCCAACCGGAGCAACCGUGCAGGGACAACCACUAACAGCCAAGUCCUGGAGGCUGCUGUUGAGACCAGCGUGUGCCCAGCCUGUGUUCCCAUCACCACCACACAGUGCUCCCCCCAGCCGCACCCCAAAGUCCAGAUGGUACAGCGGCAUGUCUGGGAGCUGGGGGGUGGGCAGCGAUGUUGAGUGUCCCAUGACAGGACAGACGGGCCCCCCGGCUACGCAUCCCCAUCCCACAGUCAAGCUGUGGCUCCCCAUGUGUCCUUUCCUAGAGAGCUAUGAAGACAUUCCCAGCCCAGGAGUGGGUGGUUCCUGUGCUAGCUCUGGCUACAUUAGGCGGGGAUGAAAGCCCGCGCUCCAGAGGCUCAGCUCACGCUUUGCCUGCAGCAGACUGGGGGCCAACCCCAGUACCACUUGGUCCCCUAGGCACUGCUGGGGACCUGAGUACUGCCAGAUGUGACACUCCCUUUCCAGGGUAGAAGUGUGUGUCAAACAGUUGCUCGGUACUGAGCUACAACCCAUUUAAAA